UAAAUUGAAAGUUCUUUUAUUUCAUAUAGAUUCUUAUAUAUGGCCCUACCAUCUUCUCCGGACCUGGUGGAAACCGUGUGAAACGGCAUUCCAGAGUAACAGCGGAUUACCAGACUCAGCGGAGAAAGUGGUCUUGGCUGACCUAAGGGAAGUUUGGAGGCACUGGAAAUACAGCAUCAAAUCAACUUACUUCAAUCCGAUCGAGGACGAUGAAGAAGCACUGAAGAAGGUUCCCUCAAGCAGGAUUGUGCCCGAUCAGUGGCCGAAGUUGGUUGAGUAUUGGCGCGACGAGAAGGUGAAGCUUCAAUCCAAGAAAAAUGCGUCGAACGUAGCGAAAAGAAGCUUUCCACAUCGUACUGGGCGGAAGUCAUUCACGACUCUGGCAGAGGAGAUCAAGGCAAAGGGGAAGGACCCCGACAAUCUGGAGAUUUGGAUUUCCAGUCGCACACAAGGCAAGGGAAAGGAUGACCAAGAAACCGAGGAGAUAUUGACUUAUUUACAGAAUGAGCUAAACAAGGUUCCCCCUGAAGGGCGGACUCCCUCUGUUCGGGAGACUCUGUACCGACGGGCCCUUGGGGGAAAGAUUAAGAAGCGGUCAAAGGUCGACAGUGCGGCAAGUUCAGCUCAUCCCCGCAGCGAGUCAACUGGUUUAACAGACAGUGUAGCAUUCCAGCAUGGGUGGGAACAACUAUAGAAUGGAAUGGAGGAGCUGAAGGCAAUGAUGGAUGAGUUCAAAACCAUCAAGGCUGAUGUGUAUGCAUUCAUGCACAGAAACUCCGGAGCGGUUACUGGCCAGGCAGGCACAUCUCGUAUUGAUUCAGUCCCUGAGAUUCCCAGGCCUGUGUCCGAGCCAAGCAUGACGGUCGGCACACAUGUGCUUCUAUUAUCCCGCACCGGUGAGAAAAAAGUUGUUGCAGAGGGACUUCUGCUCUGCCCCCCUGGGCCAGGUGACACACUUUCCUUGGUCAAGGUCUUCGUGACAUCCGCGUCAGUCCCGGACACACCCCUUAUUUUGCCGACCAUUUCUGGGGCGACUACCCUUCGCGAUGUCGUCGGCGAAGAUCCUAUUGAGUGGAGCUACAAGGACCUCAUGCGCCGGGCUUGAAAUGUUGGUACCGAUACACCCAUGUUAAUUGCCCCGUUUGUCAUAUGGAUUGAAUGUCGAACCUGUCUUUGGAUGGAUUGUGUUGAGUUUUUGUUGAACUAUGUCUGGAAUUGAUGCGUAGACCUUUGUGGUUUGAAUUCGUAUGGUGAAAAAUGUGCCUAAUGGGAUUGAUGGAUAACCGUAUUUGCUUAUUGCGUUGUUUACUU